AUGAAGGAGGAUGGCAAGGGCGAAAAACAUGGCCGCAAACCAUAUCACCAUACAGACAGCUUCGAUGCAGCUCUGGAACCAUUCUACUACGACAAAUCUCUCACAGAUCCGAUCGAUACCGCUCGGGACAAAUGGAAUUUGCUACCAGCCUUCCUCAAAGUCAAAGGACUUGUUAAACAGCAUAUUGACUCCUUCAACCACUUCGUCGAGGUCGAAUUGAAGAAGAUCAUUGACGCCGAGCCGGUCAUCACCAGCGACAUCGAUCCAGACUUCUACAUCAAAUAUGAAAACAUCUAUGUUGGCAAGCCUCGGAGGUAUGAUGAGCACAUGGGCGAUUUCAGAGAUUCGAAGGAGGAAUCCACAGUCACGCCCAACGAAUGUCGGCUGCGUGACAUGACUUAUGCGGCACCCAUCCUUGUGGACAUCAGAUACACGAAAUCGAAGGUGGCAUAUCGACGAAAAGGGAUGCCCAUUGGCCGCCUGCCUAUCAUGCUGAGAAGCUCCAAAUGCGUUCUGGCAAACAAGUCGGAAGCCGAAAUGUGUGCAAUGGAUGAAUGUCCUUUGGACCCUGGCGGGUAUUUCAUCGUUAAUGGAACAGAGAAGGUCAUCUUGGUCCAGGAACAGCUGAGCAAGAAUCGAAUCAUCGUGGAAGCCGACGCGAAGAAGGAGUUGAUCACGGCCUCAGUCACCAGCUCUACGCACGCCAGAAAAUCCAAGAGUUAUAUUGUCCUGAAGAAAGACAUGCUGUACAUGCGGCAUAACAUUUUGAACGAAGACGUGCCCAUUUGUAUUCUGCUGAAAGCGAUGGGUGUGACAUCAGAUAUGGAUAUGAUGGCUAUUGUGGCAGGGAAGGAUAUGACUCUGCAGGACGACUUUGCGAUCAACUUUGAAGAGACCAUCAAGCUUGGGAUUCACACACAACAACAGGCACUGGACUAUCUCGGCGCUAGGAUCAAGAUCACUCGGAAGCCCACACCGUUUGGGCAAUCACGUCGAAAUUACGUCCAGGAGGCUUUGGAGGCCGUCAGCAAUGUCUUUAUUGCUCAUGUCCCGAUCGAAAACUUGAACUUCAGACCAAAGGCAAUCUACGUCGCGCAUAUGGCUCGCAGGGUCCUCAUGGCCAAGCAAAACCCGGCGCUUGUCGAUGACAGAGAUUACGUCGGCAACAAGCGGUUGGAAUUGGCUGGUCAGUUGCUGUCCCUGCUGUUCGAAGACUUGUUUAAGAAGUACAAUUACGACAUCAAGAUGAACAUGGACAAGGUUUUGCGCAAACCGAAUAGAACCGAGAUGGCGGAUCCCUGUACGGUCAUGAUGGGCCAUGCGAACCACAUUACUCAGGGAAUGAACAGGGCUAUCGCGACUGGUAACUGGAAUCUCAAGCGAUUCAGGAUGGACCGAGCAGGUGUCACUCAUUUAUUGAGUCGAUUGAGUUUCAUUGCUUCCCUUGGUAUGAUGACACGGAUCUCGAGUCAAUUCGAAAAGACUCGAAAAGUCAGUGGUCCCAGAGCGCUGCAGCCUUCGUCCUUUGGUAUGCUUUGUCCUGCCGACACACCCGAAGGUGAGGCUUGUGGUUUGGUCAAAAAUCUUGCCCUCAUGACACAUAUCACAACCGAUGAUGAGGAAGAUCCAAUUAAGCGUUUGAUCUUCAUGCUUGGGGCUGAAGAUGUGGCCACCGUUGGAGGGUCAGAACUCUACGCUCCAGGGUCAUAUCUUGUCCUCCUGAACGGAACUCCUGUGGCUACCACGAGACACCCUUCCCAGUUUUUGACCUCGUUCCGACGUCUGCGCAGAUCCGGACGGAUAUCUGAGUUUGUCUCCAUCUUCAUAAACCACCAUCACAGCACGAUCCACGUCGCGACCGAUGAGGGACGAAUAUGUCGCCCACUCAUUAUCGUCGAAGACAAGAAGUCUAAGGUCACUAAGCGGUACCUGAAGUCUUUACGGCAGGGAUCCAUGGAUUUCGACGACUUUUUGGCCCGUGGACUGGUUGAAUACUUGGAUGUCAACGAGGAGAACGACAGCAACAUUGCAUUGUACGAGUCCAACAUCAACGCCACCACCACUCACCUUGAGAUUGAACCCUUUACAAUCCUCGGCGCCGUUGCUGGGUUGAUCCCCUACCCUCAUCACAACCAGUCACCUCGAAAUACGUACCAGUGCGCUAUGGGUAAGCAAGCUAUUGGGUUCAUCGCCAACAACCAAUUCCUGCGCAUUGACACGUUGCUCUACCUGAUGGUGUACCCACAAAAGCCUCUCGUGACGACCAGAACUAUUGAAUUGGUCAAGUACGACAAACUUCCUGCUGGCCAGAAUGCCACAGUAGCCGUCAUGUCCUACAGUGGCUACGAUAUUGAAGACGCUCUUGUUCUCAACAAAGCAUCGGUGGAUCGUGGCUAUGGCCGUUGCCAAGCGCUACGCAAAUAUCCAGUCAGCCUGAAGCUUUAUGCCAACGGCAGCAAGGACACCAUCGAGGGCCCUACAAUGGAGAAUGGGGUUCCCAUCAAAGCACAUGCCUUGCUUGACGAAGACGGCAUUGCCUCCGUGGGUGCUAAAGUUAGUCAAGGCGAAGUCUACGUCAACAAGUACAUCCCCGAGAACUCCAACUCCUCCGGCCUGUCAGAUGCAGGGUCAAACAGUCUAGGGGCAUCGCUGAUCCCACAAGCCCAGAAGUACCGACUUUACGAUCACAGUUAUAUCGACAAAGUGAUGGUGUCCGAGGUGGAAUCAGGCAACCAGCUCAUCAAGAUCCAAACCCGACAAACCCGGCUUCCAGAGGUCGGUGACAAAUUUUCGUCUCGACACGGACAGAAGGGUGUUGUGGGGAUCAUCGCCGAGCAAGUGGACAUGCCUUUCUCCGACCGUGGCAUCACGCCCGACAUCAUCAUGAACCCGCAUGGUUUCCCAUCGCGUAUGACGGUCGGCAAGAUGCUGGAACUGGUGGCCGGCAAAGCCGGCAUAGUGAAGGGGAAGUUCGAAUACGGCACUGCGUUCGGAGGCAGUAAACUUGAAGACUUGUCUCGAGCGCUUCUCGAGGCCGGCUACAGUUAUGACGGCAAGGACUACCUCACAUCCGGCACCACCGGCGAGCCGCUCCCCGCGUAUGUCUUCAUGGGCCCUAUCUAUUACCAGAAGCUCAAGCACAUGGUCCAAGACAAAAUGCACAGUCGGUCUCGGGGUCCUCGAGCCAUCCUUACCCGCCAGCCGACAGAAGGACGAUCGAGAGACGGUGGUUUGCGAUUAGGAGAAAUGGAGCGAGACUGUCUCAUCGCGUACGGCGCGUCUCAGUUGCUUCGUGAGCGAUUGAUGCUGUCCAGCGACAAGCAUGAAGUCGAUGUCUGCGAGUCUUGCGGCUUCAUGGCCUUUGGGCGCUGGUGCCAGCGGUGCAGCACGGCCGGGGAACCAGGGUCCAACGUUGUCCGAAUGACUUUGCCGUAUGCGUUCAAGCUGUUGCUCAACGAGCUGGGCAGUAUGAACGUGAAUACGAGGUUGAUCGUCUCGGACGAGUUUCCUGCCGACGGGUCGAGAAGAGCAUGA